UCACUGCGUCAUGUGAUCAAACUCGGAAGCGAGUCGCUUGGGUUGACAACCCAAACAGUUAGCCUCCUUCUGUCCUCGUUGUUGCUUUGCUAUGUGAUCAUCAUCAUGGUAGUCGCUUUCGUCAUACACACCGUUUGCCCGAUCGGGGCGCUCGCUCCCGGGGAGAGCAGGGUGCUCUACUCACGCGUCUUCGGACCGGACGAAGCGCUCUUUCAGGGCGGGCAGCGGCUGCAGCUCAACGCCGAGGAGAGGCGACUGUUGUCAGUCGAGAAACUCGCCGUGGUGGCCCGACAGGUUCAAAGCGCCGUCUCUCUGCACCGAGAGGCAUCCGGGCAUCCCCCGGUGGAAACUCUGCCUGGCGAGGAGGCCUUAGCCCUGCAGGACGCCGACACCGGCGUGCUGAGGCUGCGCUGCGGUGACCCCUACUUGCAGGAGGUCAGCGCACUCUGGUUGGCCGUCAAUUGUUUGUCCUUUGUGAUUUUGUGUGAGCCCCACGAGAACCUGCUGCUGGCCGAGGGGAUGCUUCGGAACCUCGCCAGACACUGCUUGGAGCACCUGCACAUGCUGGGACAGGGCAGCGAGAUCCUGUUGAAGAGCAGCCGUGUAGACGUCCUGCUAAGUCGGCUUCUUCCUCACGGCCAGCUCGUCUUCCUCAACCACCGCUUCGCUCAGAGUCUGGAAAAGGACAUGGUCGCCUACAUGCACAAGUGACCUCCAGUGGCUAAAUGCAACCGACAAGUGGCUAAAUGAGAUCCUAGCAGCCUACAAAACAUGUCACGUCACUUCCCCAUCUUGUGACGCUUGUGAGGAAGGCUACAGGAAGUGGCCGAAACAUGUAAAGCAGCUAAAAUCUUCCGUCUGACUAAAAGAACUGUUAGAUAUUUUUAUAAAGUCAGAUAUUUCGGAUGAAACCUUCCCACAAUUUGUGCAUUAAAUCGAGGCUCUAAUGUACCUCGCAAACCAGUAGUGAUUGUUGCAAUAUUCCUCAAUCAAUUAAUAUAUUAAUCAAUCUCACCAGGUAGGCUGGCGUUGCCUUUCAGCAACAGUAUGAAAUCAUGUUUUGCCACGCUGUUCCAUACUGUCGCUACUGGAGGGCACUGUUUCACUAUCCACUCACUGACUACGGCAAGAGGAAAAUAAAAUGAAAUCUCGCUGGCUCUCUCGCUCGCUCUCUCGUUCUCUCUCUCGCGCUCUCUCUCUCUGUGCGUUAUCGCUCUCUAUCGCUCUAAAAAAGCCUUGAAGACAUGGAAAACAAACAGCAGCGCGGUUUGUUUUUCGGCGCGCGCAUUUUGUAAUUACGUCCAAUUAAUGGCGCGCGGCGCGGGAAGUUGUUGUUUGCUCGCCAACAGCUGUUUGGAUUAAACGGCUGAGCGGGUGUCAAGUGGAGAUUAAAAUCACACCCGCCCGACAAACUGGCCCGGAAAGGGGAAUCGACUGGGGGUGGGGGUCAGGAAUUGAUAUAUUUAUUUCCCCCCUAGGAAAUAAUGGAAAUACAAAUUAUCUUUCCAACUGUGACCAUCAUUAAACCUUUAUUAGUAGUCCAUAACCUAAGAAAUGGUCAUGAGCCCAAAAAGCUAAUCUAGUGAGUAUUAAAUGCUAACAGAAUUAGCGUAUGUUUUUCAUUGGCAAAUUGUAUGAAAUGUUGCCAGAUGCUGAAAAUAAAAAUAAAAUGUCCAUCACAGGGCACAUAUAGACAAACAACCAUUCAUAGAUGAUAUUGAAUGCUAAAUGGUGAUGCUAACAUAUGCUAAAAGAACUGGCUUUGUACUCAUGAAGAAUUACUGUCGUUUGUUCAAGCGCUGUGUGCGUCUUUAACAGUAACACGAGAACUUAAGCCAAUGCUCACAGAACCAAACUGAACUUAACUGAUCAUAUGUUCAAGCACUCCUCCCAACGCUGAACUGUCAUAAUACCGCCAAUGCUAAUGCUAAGUGCUCUGCUCAUUUUAACCGACUCUCUAAACGGAGCUCUUGUGAGCGUCCACAUUAAUGUCUGAUUUUCCCGUCUCCAUCCAUCCAAAGUUCUAACCACACACAAAAAAAUCUUUAAAUGUGCAUGCUGCUCUUUGAAUAACUUGGAGCUCAUUUCCCCAACAUAAUAUUUCUUCUUCUCCCGCCUCAUUAGACGGCUAUUGUAAAAUGCGCCGGGGCUCAGUGCUGACGGGACAUCGUAUGAAUUUCAAUGCGACGCUUACAAUUUCACACAUAUCCCCCAAAAACUAAGCAGGAUUAAGUAAAAGCGCACUGAAGCAGAUUAGACUUUCAGUUACUGUGGUUACUGAUAUAAGACACGUCUCAGAAACAUUGGUAUCAGUAAUAAAAAAAACAUGUUUUUCAACUUUUCAAUUCAAUUGUAAUGCAAAUGAUGACACCUCGAAAGUCGGUGCUGUGAGUCACAAUGGCAACAACAACAACGCUAUGUUACUUUUAACAAGGCAAUGUAGCAUCUCAUGGACCUAAACUAAUGAUUUUUAGAUGCUAUUGUCCGCAACUGUUAAUGUAAUCAUUUUCUGAUUAGUUUUGUACAACCUUGUUGAUACAGACAAUGCUUAAUUUGCAUCUCCAAACUGUAACACAAGUGGCGAUGCUAUUGCCAACACAACAUAGCCACCUUGUUUUUGUGGAUCUGAAAUGACAUUGUUGUGUAUCUUUAAUCUGGCGUCUCACCAAAAAAUGUAUCUUCCUGUUGUUUCUGUGCCACCAAGCUCCAAAUUAUACUUGACAUUUCACAGUACAUCUUUUCUGAGCCUACCUGCAGUUGUCUGUUGAGCGUCUCUAAUAGUGUAAUGGUGUACAAUUUAAAUCCAUUUCUUUCUCGUCUUCCACUCAAUUGGAUUUCCCGCUGUUGCUUUUUAUCAAUAAAACCAAGACGACUUUUAA